CAAAGUCAGCACACCGGUUCAGUCCGUUUAUUUAUUUAUUUAUUUUUUUUUACAGAGCAAGUGUAAAUGACACGUUAACUCUCCGCCAUCAUCUCCAUGUCACAAAGCUUUAUGAGCACACUUCUUUCAAGGCGAUGUCACAUAGAAUUGAGCUCCAGGGCUCAUUUUCCACCAGGGGACUUUGGAAAGAGAAGCUUGAGCACGAAGGAAAAAAAAGGACCAAAGUUUCACAUCUUAUGAUCAACCCUGCCACAAACAACAAUUGCCCGAUCCUUGGAAAACGCAAGUGGUAGUUGAGCUGGCUGCGACUCCGCAGGGAGAACAGGAAUUUGCAUUCGGUGCCUAAGAGAAAGCGAAAUCCGAGCACUCUGCGAGGGGCAGCGGAACUUCAAUCUCGGGAUUGCGUGCGCCAGCUUGAAAGGAGAGCCAAUUGUGCACGCGUUCAAUUUCGGCAGCCUCCCUCGCUAAUCAAAAUGGAGAAACCGGAUGCUAGCGGUGAAAGCAACGGGGAGACGGGGUCGCUCUUCUCCUACCACAGUAAAUCCUCAAGAUCUGCAACACGGCUCACUCUGAGCUCUUCAAAAGGAUCUUUGAGUAGGUCAUCCGCCUCAUCCCGAGCCAGGGUGGAGGCGGUGCUCGCUCGGGCUGAAGCUCAAGGCGCAAGAGCCAGAUUAGCCUAUGCUGAGGAAGAAAUCAAUAUCGAAAUGGAAAAAGCACGCUUGGAAGUCAGCCUAGAUCUUCUCCAUCAGAGAAGAGAAGCCGAUGCGGCUACAGCCAAAGCAGAUGCGAUGGAGUCGGCUGCGGCCCACUUUAGUAUGGAAGAACGAGGCGAACAAGUAUUGGAAUUCCUCCCUGUUCAGACCACCCCAGAGCAGAAAGUGAGAGAAUAUAUAAAUAAACACGGAGAAGCAGAACCCACUCAUAUCGAAAGCAACUCCUUUGCCCAGCUUUACAAUGUCACACCAAACCAGGAGAAACACGCCGGCCCUCCGUUAUCAGUCUUCACACCCCUUCAUAUCAAACAGGAAGCCGGUCAGGAUCACCUUUUGCCGCAGGACCGAGAGCCGGAACUGCAAAAUACUGUAACCCAGCCGGACGCUUUCCAUGGUGGACCUCAAGCGCAGCAGAGGUUCAAUUCAAACCCUUGCGCCGCCGAUCGUGCAAUCGGUGACCUCGCCAAGUUCCUAGCAAAGAUUCAGCUGCUAUCUGGGGGGCUGACUCAAUUCGAUGACAAACCGGAGGGCUAUCUGAACUGGAAGCUGACGUUCCAGACCACCGUCGCCGACAUCGGUCUCACGCCGAUUGAAGAAAUAAACCUCCUCCUCAAGUGGCUGGGCCCGGAAUCUUCUCAACACGCAACGAGGGUCAAAGCGGUCCACUUAAGGUGCCCUUCUGUUGGUCUGGGGAUGAUCUGGACGCGACUCAAAGAAGUCUACGGCUUGCCCGAGGCCAUUGAAAAUUCCUUCUUUUCCAGAAUAGAGAAAUUCCCAAAGCUCUCCCGCAAAGACCCCGGCAGGCUCCUGGAGCUCUCGGACCUCAUCGGCGAACUGGAAGCUGCGAAGCAAGAUGGACACUUGCCCGGUUUGACAUACCUUGACACACCCAGGGGGUUGGGACAACUUGUGGAGAAGUUGCCCUUCUAUCUUCAAGAAAAAUGGAUUACGGCAGGAUCCAAAUAUAAAGAGGAUCACGGUGUUCCGUUCCCACCGUUCUCCUUCUUCUGCGAGUUUGUAAAAGGACAAACCAGAGCGAGGAAUGACCCGAGCUUGAACGGCUCGUCUCUCUCCGGCCAGUUUCACUGCCGCGCGCAGAAAAGAAAAGCGCGCAAGCAUGCGCAGAAAAGAAAAGCCAGCAAGUAAAACUACGAGUACCUUCAGAGCCUGUUUGCAUUUGCUACUGGCUUCGUUCGCUUCAUUUGUUCCUUAUCGAACGUCGUUCUGUGCUUGUAUUGUGAUUUUGCAACUUAUUUCGUGCUGCGAGGUGUAGUUUUCGAUGGCUGUUCAUCCCAUGAAUGGAACGUGCGCCCCAAAAGCGCACUUUUUGCUUUUGUUGUUAUCUGAGGUUGAUGGCUGCAAAAAAAAACAAAUAAAAAAACAAAC